UAUCUUCUUGAGCAUGGCCUUGAGCCUGAUGGCCAUAUCAACCCCAACGUUACUGAUGAAGAUACAAAGAGCGGCUCCUAUGAAAAAUUCUUUAUCGAAACCUCGAACGGCAAAUAUAUGCCCCUUCCCAUUUUCGUCGAUCUUGAUCCUUCUUGGAAAGAAGAUGUUACAAACAACUAUGCCCGUGGCUAUUAUACUGUUGGAAAGGAAUUCUUGGAAGCCGCUAAUGCUAGGAUAGAGAACUGCCAAUCUCUGAAGGGCUUCUUGAUCUUCCACGCCUUUGGUGGUGGGACAGGGUCUGGAUCCGGUUCACUGCUACUGGAGCAUAUCACCCAUAUGUAUGGCCGCAAGUCCAAGCUUGAAUUCUCGAUCUGCCCAUCCGGGAAAACUGCCACUUCUGUUGCGGAACCCUACAAUGCCGUUUUGUCCACACACAGCACGAUCGAAAACACCGACUGCACGUUUUACGUUGAUAACCAAGCCGUGUACGACAUUUGCCGCCGUCACCUGGAUAUUCCACGCCCUGGAUUUGAACACCUGAACCUUCUUAUUGCCCAGGUGGUGAGCUCUAUCAUCUCCAGCUUUGAUUUUGACGGUGCACUUAAUGUCGAUCUGGCUGAAUUCAAAACUAACUUAGUGCCACAUCCGCGGAUUUACUAUCCUUUGAUCUCAUAUGCUCCAGUGAUCAGCAGCCAGCGUAGCUCUCAUGGGAGUUUGAAGGUGCAGGAUCUCACUUUCCAGUGUUUUGAGCCCAACAAUCAGAUAGUUGCCUGCGAUCCACGAAAUGGCAAGUGCAUUAAUUACCAAAAGCUGAUGCAUCGUCCUGAUGAUGAACUCGCUUGUGUCGGUCGCUCAGACAACAUGCUAUCGAAUUCAACCGCCAUUGCCGAAGCGUGGAGUCACAUUGAUAAAAAGUUUGAUCUCAUGUAUUCCAAGCGCGCGUUUGUCCACUGGUAUGUCGGCGAGGGAAUGGAAGAGGGCGAGUUAUCUGAGGCUCGUGAGGAUCUCGCAGUCCUCGAGAAAGACUACGAAAGGUGGCCGGAAAAAGCAGUCAAGAGGGGGAGAGAGUUGAGUGCUGAUUAG